AGUCCACAGCGCAGAAGAAAAAUGAAUGAAUCCACGGGAAGCUCCUGAAGAGCUUCCUCCCCGCGUCACAGUUCUUCACCUCUUCUUCCUGGUAGAUUCGAUUCGAGCUCCAGAACGAGUCUGUUGAUAUAUAUAUAUAUAUAUAGAUAUACGCAAAUACGCGUGCAAACAGAAUUGUAUGUAUAUGUUUGCCAUAAACCCAAAACAGUCGAGAGGUUGUUCAAUUGGAGUUGUUUGAAACCCCAAUUCUUUCAAUACCUGUCCUCAUCGCAUGCGGAAUUGAGAUGGCUUCAUCGGAAAUCGAAGUCGUGCCGAACUCCAAUGAUCGGAACAGCUCGGCGCCGGGCCCUAACGAAGAGCCGUCAAUCGAUGUCUACGGCGCUGCUGCAUACGGGGAUUUCGAGAAAUUGCGCAAGUUCGUGGAAGAGGACGGCGUUUCCCUCUCUCGACCCGACCGCAACGGGUACUACGCUCUUCAGUGGGCUGCGCUUAACAAUUUCGCCGCUAUCGUGCAAUAUAUCAUCGAGCAUGGUGGCGAUGUGCACGCCACGGACAAUGCGAAGCAGACGGCAUUGCAUUGGACGGCGGUGCGGGGUUCGAUUGCGGCGGCGGACGUGUUGCUGCAUAACGGGGCUCGGGUUGAGGCGGCUGACGUAAAUGGUUAUCGGGUGGUUCAUGUUGCAGCUCAAUAUGGACAAACAACAUUCUUAAAUCACAUCAUUGCAAAAUAUCAAGCUGAUUUUGAUGUUCCAGAUAAUGAUGGUAGAAGCCCUCUUCAUUGGGCUGCAUAUAGAGGAUUUGCUGAUACAAUUAGAUUGCUUCUAUUUAGAGAUGCCUGCCAAGGGAGACAAGAUAAAAAAGGCUGUACACCAUUGCACUUUGCUGCAUUAACGGGAAAUGUGGAAGCAUGCAAUGUACUGGUACAUAAAGGCAACAAACAGGAAUUGUGGGUGAUGGAUGAUACUGGAUUUACUCCUGUACAGCUGGCAUUUGACAAAGGUCAUCGCCAUAUAGGUUUACUGCUAGCUAAUGCACGGCAUGGUGGAAGCACAAGCUGGGGUGGAAAAAUUUGCUUGGGCAAGAAAGGGGAUAUGGGUUAUGCCCCUAUUCUUUUCUGUGCAAUAUGUAUUAGCAUCAUACUUUUCAUCAACUCUGUUUUUUUUGCUCCUGGUCUACAAAAGGUUACUGCUCUGGUUGGACUCUGGGGAUGGAUUACUCUUUCUCUUGCAGUUGCUGCAUUGAUAAUGUUCUACCGAUGCAGUAGUAAAGAUCCUGGUUAUAUAAAGACAUCAAAAGGGAGUGGCAAGACAGACACAGAGGAUCCAUUGCUGGGUAUUGAUUUGAACAAUUCCUCCAUCUGGACCGGAAAUUGGUCUCAACUUUGCCCUACCUGCAAGAUAAUUAGACCUGUUCGCUCGAAGCAUUGUCCUACUUGCAAGCACUGUGUGGAACAGUUCGACCAUCACUGCCCCUGGAUCUCCAAUUGUGUUGGAAAGAGGAAUAAGUGGGACUUCUUUGUUUUUCUCUGCCUGGGAACUUUGACAUCAUUGCUUGGUGCUGUUGUUGCCACUCAAAGGAUUUGGACAGCAGCACCGAUGUUAUCAGCUGGAGAAACAUGGUUUCAUUUUAUGGUAAUUCAACAUCCCGGUUUGGUAGCAUUUCUGGUUAUGGACACAAUUAUUUUGAUUGCUGCUUCAUGUUUGAUGGCAAUACAAGCAUCACAGCUGCCAAUUAAUGUUACUAUAGUGUUGGAAACCAGAAAAAUGACCAGAACAAUAGCUCGGAAUCUUACCACAAAUGAAGCCAUCAAUGCUGUACGUUAUUGGUAUCUUUGGGGUCCAGAUGGGCGAUUUCGUAACCCGUAUAACCAUGGGUGUCGAAAAAACUGUUCGGACUUUCUCAUCCAUGGAUAUACAGACGAUGAUGAAAUUGCUUGGCCUCCCCUACAGCAGGUUUCUAGGUAGCAAUGGGAUCUUGAUUUGUGGCCUUCCAACCAGAUCUGGUACCACACUUCUCUUGGAUCCUUCCUCUACAAUGCCAAAUAGUCAAACCCCGAACCUUUCUUUUAGAUGCAACUCUUGGUCCAUAUUGGACCAUCGGUUCUGUACCUUCUUUACUAUAUGUACUUGCUAGUACCCGCAGAAAACAAUAUACAAGCUUUAUUCCAAAUUCUCACUAUAUAGCAUGGAAGUUCUGAUUC